AUGAGACGAAGCGGUACACCGAGAGAUAUUACGUUCAAAAUGUCCUCCGAGGCUUCCUUGAUAGAUGUGCCAAAUGCUGUGUCGAGACUGCAUAAUUUACGCUUAAGUCAGGAGGAUGGCGACGAGUCCCAGGAAAAUAUGAAUCUUGUUGAUCAACCGACCUCAUCUAUGGCUAGAAAUGGAGAAUCUUCGUUCUCGAAUGGGGAUGAUAGGCCUCUGACGGAUGCAGCGAAUACAUUGCAUUUGGAAACAAGAUCUCAGAACAAUGUUGCCUUGGAUAAUAUAUCUACGAAUAGUCAAGCAACCGUUUCAUACAAUUGGCAGGGUACAAAGGCGACGAUACGUGAAAGAAUCGUCUUUCUUUUCAAUAAUGAGAUAUUGUCGGAUGUGAGUUUCAUCGUAGGAAGGGGAGCACAAAAGCAACGUAUACCGGCUCAUAAACUAGUCCUAUCUUCUGGAAGUGUUGUUUUCGAUGCAAUGUUCAAUGGAACACUUGCGACAACUUCUUCGGAAAUAGAAGUACCUGAUGUAGAACCUGUAGCUUUUUUGGCAGUGCUUCUCUUUUUGUAUACAGAUAAGAUAGAGAUAGAUCCUGAAAGUGUGAUAAUGACGUUAUAUACAGCAAAGAAAUACGCCGUGUCUGCUUUAGAAAAACACUGCGUGGAUUACUUGAAGAGUAACUUAACCAGUGAUAAUGCUUUCUUACUUCUAACGCAAGCUCGCCUAUUCGACGAACCUCAAUUGGCUGCAAUGUGCUUGGAUACUAUAGACAGAUUUACUACGGAAGCAUUGAAUGCGGAUGGAUUUACAGAUAUCGAUAUCGAUACGUUGAAGAUUGUUUUAGAAAGAGAUACUCUACGCGUUAGAGAAUCUAUAAUAUUCCAAACAGUUCUAAGAUGGUCAGAGGCAGAAUGCAGUAGGCAUCAAUUACCAGUCACUCCAAAAAAUCAACGUUUAGUCUUGGGAAGUGCUUUUUCAUUAAUACGUUUUCCUUUAAUGUCCAAAGAAGAGUUUACUACUGGUCCAGCACAAUCUGGACUGUUGAAUUAUUCGGAGGUCCUCCCAAUGUUCUCAUAUUUUAUAAUAAAUCCAAAGCCAGUCUCUGUGGCUGGGUUUCAAACAACACCCCGCUGUUGUAUGACUGGCAAGGAACAAACCGUAUGCAGAUUUCAGGAUACCAAAAGUAGAUGGGGUUAUAAUGGUACGAGUGAUCGUAUAAGAUUCAGCGUCGACAGACGUAUAUUCCUUAUCGGGUAUGGGGUUUAUGGUAGUAUGCAUGAUCCAGCAAUAUACGAAGUAUUAAUAGAGUUGAUACACACCGCAUCUGGAAAAGUGAUCGCUACAAAUUCAACAAGUUUUAGCUCCGACGGUUCAAAGUACACUUAUCGCUUAAUGUUCACAGAAUUAAUAGAUAUUCUACCAAAAACGAUUUAUACCGCGUCGGCAACAUUUAAGGGUCCUUUUUCUCAUUAUGGAACCAAGGGUAUAAAAACGGUUAUGGCAGACAGUGGUACAGGAAAUGGAAAAGUUAAGUUUGAAUUUAGCGUUGAAGCUGAAAAUUAUAAUGGAACCACCACCGAUAAAGGACAAAUCCCUGAGCUUAUAUUUUACACUUAAUAACUUAUGUACAUAAUAACGACAUUCCCUUUAUCAGCUUCAACAUCGUUUUUCAAAAUUUAUUAUAUUAAAUUUAAUUGUACACAAAGUUUUUAUAUGCCACUUUCUUUGUCAAUUAUAUAUUCUAUCAUUAUUAAGUUCAGUGAUUUACAUUAAAUGAACUAUAAGUAUAUUAACUGCUCUUUCAAGUUCGUGUUUAUAAGGAAAAUGAUGGAUGUUUUUGAGAAUGAAAUUUAUUGACCACAAAAGGGCCUUAUUGGGAGAAGAGACUGAAAUCGUGCCAGUGUUGUAAAACCAAGGAUAAAAUAAAUCACUUGUUUUUCAAUUAAUCGGAUAUAUUAAAUAAAUCUAAAGAGAAGUUGAUUUCUUCAAAUUUAAAUAAAAUUUUGUCUCCUAUUAAACCUCACGAUAAACAAUCAAUCAAGGGCUUAAACAUAAUUUUGAACAAACUUGGAGAAGUUAGCUGUACAUGGAACAAGUUUACAAAUAUUAAUAUUUACGACCCGAAGACAAUUUAUUUUUCUAUGUCCGCAAACAAUUACAUGAGUGGUAAAUUAAUAGACUCUCAUUAUCGUUCUUUAAAAGAUCUAUUCGUUUAACGCAUUUUUUCUGUAAAAUAUAA